AUGAGGGUUGGUUGGACAACCAAUUACAGUGUCUCCAAAACGGUUUCGAGAUUUUUACAUAAUUGGAUUGUGGAUCUGGUUUACGUUUUGAAAACGGAUACCGUUAUAGGAAAUUUUGCGAAUUUGCAAGAAGCCGUCGAGAAUGGGUAUAAGUUUGGUGGUCGAGCUGGUAUUUCGGUGUUUUUUGAACAUGAUCCACAGAUACGCGAUGAAUUUGAAAUAAUACCAGAAACUCGGUUUGAAGAUACUUUUAAGGAUGUCGUGGAGGGAAAAACUAAAUUUGUAUUUGCUUUAUCUUUGGAAUACGCUUGGGCUUAUUGCCUGUCGCAGGGAAUUAAUGAAAAUGAAUGUGGUCAUGUUUUGUCAGACUCCAUUAUGACCGUACCUUUGGUAGUUUGGACGAAAAAGGAUUCGCCUUUUAUGCGACCUUUAUCGAUGUGGUUACAAAGAUUUUUGGAAAGCGGACUACUUGAACGUGAUACUGUAAAACCUGUAACUGUAAGAGCUUCACGGUUAUCAUCAGAUCCAACCCCACUCACUCGCAAACAGACCGUCAGUUGUUUUCUAUUCUUGUUGAUAGGAUACGUUUUGUGUAUUUUUGAAUUUUGUUUAGAAAACUUGAAAAUAAAAUUCUUGCCUAAAAAUUAA